AUGGCUUCUGCGACAGUUGAUCAUGCAGCUGCGCCGGUUGAUGAGUUGUCGGCUGAGGUCAAGGCGCUGACGGUGCAAGAGGAAAAGGCGCCCGCGACUGAGUUACCUCCGCACCGGAGUCAUGAUCCUAAGAAUAACACAAGGAGAAGCGAUCCCUUCCAAUUCGGACAGCGCGUCCUCCAGGAAGACGACGACAUCUUCGAGUUCAACGCCUGGGAUCAUGUGGAGACUGACGACGCCUAUAAGGAAUACGCAGAGCAGCAGUAUGCCAUGCAGCGAGAGUCGCCAGUCUCCGACUUCGACAAAAAUAGAUUCAACUCAGACCCUGCGAAGUGGUGGAACCUCUUUUAUAAGAAUAACACUGCUAACUUCUUCAAGAAUCGCAAGUGGCUACAACAUGAGUUCCCCAUCCUUGCCAAGCUUACCGCUGAAGAUGCCGGCCCGGCCACAAUACUGGAAAUAGGUGCUGGUGCUGGCAACACAGCGUUUCCUAUCCUGGCAAGCAACAAGAACCCCAAGCUGAAAGUGCAUGCUUGUGAUUUCUCCAAGAAGGCCGUUGAGGUGAUGCGUAGUCAUGAAGAGUAUAAUACCGACUUCAUGCAAGCCGAUGUAUGGGACGCCGCCAGCGAGGAGCUCCCUCCCGGCCUCGAGGAGGGUAGUGUAGACGUUGUCUUUAUGAUCUUCAUAUUCUCGGCUCUGUCCCCGAAGCAGUGGGAGCAAGCCGUCCGGAACGUUCAUCGGGUGCUUAAGCCAGGCGGCGAGGUUUGCUUCCGCGAUUACGGCAGAGGUGAUCUAGCACAGGUCCGAUUCAAGAAAGGACGAUACCUGGAAGAGAACUUCUACAUUAGGGGUGACGGCACGCGAGUCUAUUUCUUCGAGAAGGACGAGCUCGAGCACAUUUGGUCCGGAGCAUCGAUAGUUGAUAAAGAAGGAGCAGAGAGUGAAGAGACUACGGACACUGGGGAGUCAGAGGCAAAGAUAGAGACGAAGCAGGCUUUGUUUGAUAUAGAGCAGCUUGGCGUCGAUAGAAGGAUGGUGGUAAAUAGAGCGCGGCGGAUCAAGAUGUACCGCUGCUGGAUCCAAGGCCACUUUCGAAAGAAAUAG